UAUCUUAGAGCCCAGUAUUAGUUCUUCUACUCCAACAAAAGGAGCUGAAUGUUUCCUUUUCACCGUUGGCACAGAAAACGCGGAGUUCGAAAAUGAAGACGUGUGUCUUUAAAGGGUUAACGGGGGAGGAGGCGCAGCAGCGGUCAGCUCGUCUGGGUGGAGUGAACUUUAGAUAUGUAGUACAACAAAUUAGCCAGGAGGAGAGCGGUGUGGCAGAGUGAAAAACCCCUAAAAGACUAGAUUACUCGCUUAAGAAAAAACCCAUCCUGGCCGGUAAGAGACGCUCCAAACACUGAGCUGAGAUGAGUGAUGUGAGCGAAGAGUCGCUGCUGGAUUAUUUCUACUCGGCCGGGGGCGACUCAGGCAGAGUCAAAAAUGCAGAUAUACUGAGGACAUUUAAGCCUUUUAUUGGGCACAGUGACUUGCAGUUACGUGCCAAAUACCGAGAGGAAUUCAAGCUCAUCAUUGACCGAAUCGCUGUGGUGAAAUCUGAGAAUGGUGAGAAAUAUCUUAUCCUCAAGAAGAAAUACAGGAACUUGGUGCAAGAGCGAGAGGCCAAGAGUCUCAGGCCAGAUGGAGACCGACAGAGGCACACGAGUCCGGCCAGAACGACAUCCACAGUGCAGUGGGAAGUGACAGACGCCCCGACAUCUACUCCUCGUGAGAAGGAGGAACAAGAUGAGCCAAUGUCAUGUGGAGAGGCUGACGCCACAGCAGAGGACCAGCGAAAAGGAGCAGACCCUGUGCACCACUCUCCACGGCCACCUCCUGCCAUCCAGAUCCAUGAAGCCCCAGAGCAAAGCAACGCAGAGGAUGAGCUGGAAAGAGAUUCUGGGUCAAAGUCCGAGUCGGAGCAAGACGAGGAGGGUACGGGCAGUAUGGGCUCUGCUUCUGUCGCUCUGGAUCCUUUAGAGAAGGAGUGGAUCUAUUCUGCUGCCGGUGCUCGAGUCCCUGACCUCUCUCAGCUGCUCAGACAGGACCGCUCUCUGGCAAACAAGAAGGAUUUCACUUCAGGUUUUACAGCUCUGCACUGGGCUGCCAAACAUGGCAAUGAGGAAAUGGCCACACUGGUGGUUAAUGCCGGUGGCGAUGUCAACAUUAAAUCACACGGGGGAUACACACCUUUACACAUCGCAGCGUUACAUGGGCAUCGGCACAUUCUUGACCUGCUCGUAGGGACAUACGGGGCUAAAGAAAACUUGCGGGACUACAGUGGUCAUCUUGCCUGCCAUUAUCUGAACAUCAAAGAAGCAGAAGGUCCAGAUGAAGACUGUGAGCUACAGUUUCAAGUAACUCAGGCCAGGGAGCGGAACAAGAACAGGAAGUUGGCAUCGUUGUUCCACUCCAAGAAGAAGUGGGGGUCAGCAGAGGAGCUGGCUCCGAUAGAGGAGGAGAGGACGGCGUCACAUCAGCUCGCGCUUCCUGCUUUUAGACCCAGAAAAUUCUCCCGCUGAGGGAAAACAAACUCCAGGGUCAACCCUGUUCUGACGCUGUUCCCACACUCUCUCUGUCACUCACUUUGCCCUUUCAGGCAUUCAUAUUUACACACAUGUACCAAGUAUUAAUAUGUAUAUUUAUUAUAUGUACACACACACACACACACACACACACACACACACACACACACACACACACAGGAGUCAUACCUGUGGUUACAGAUCCAAUCGAAUGUUUGCCACCUAAACAAAAUUAGAGAAACCAAAUAUACUUGUUCAUGCAUAUAAUCCAUAUUUUUCCUUACAGCUUGUUUAAAUAUUUUUUUGAAUUUUUAAAUGUUCAUCAAUGUUCUUCAGUGUUACUUAAAGUGGCACACGCCUUACAAGUUUUCCUUAAGCUGAGGCCAUGAUGGUCAAGCUAGUGAUUUUCUCUAUUUUUCUUAUUUUAUUGUUUACAGUUUUCAAUGAAAAGACCAAAAAUGAUAACGUCUUAGUCUCCCUCUCUAUACUUGUUCAGCCUGUCAGUGGCUUUCAGAUCUCUAACCUUUAAAAAAUUGGUCAAGAAUACACAAGAGUGACCACCAAAUCAAAAACAAGGCUAGAUAGCGUAUUUCUUGGAGAGUAUUUCCAGUCGUACAUCGGCUGUCUUAGUAAGAAUUUGGGGAUUAAAAGGAAGAAUAAGCUUCACACUCUGUAUGAAAAUAGUUUGUAGUUUUUAAGGAACAGCUGAGCAUUCUGACACAGGAAAAAAAAAGUCUGACUUUAAAUCAAGUGAUAAUACUUCUCAUUUCCAUAUAUACAAACAGAAGUUACCAGGCUCACCCCCUAAAAGGAUCAUUUAAUGUUUUUUGUAUGUUUCGGUUCUUUAAAUGCACCAUAACUGAACAAUGCAAUUAAACUGAUUUCCUUCAGUCCUUGACAGCAGCUAACAUUAAUUUACUGGUAAAUGUAUUAUUUAAAACUUAACACUCUUAAGGGACUGUACAGAACAGUGUCUCACUGCAAAAAUAAUUCACAAAAACACUAAAUUUAGCAUUUAACCAUAACUUCAUUUCAGUUUAAUUCUCCAUUUCACUCUACUUCUUUAAAAAACUUUGCUCAUUGCCCUCCUUUCAACAAAAAUAAAGUACUAAACCUUA